AUGGCUACCACCUCCAAGGGUGGCCAGAAGGCUCAGACCCAAUGCCUCGACGUCUGCCACAAGACCACGAGCUUCAUUGAUCGCAUCUCGGUCCAUAUAUUAGAGUGUCUGACAUCCGGCAAAGCGCUCCCCGAUGGCUUUGAAGUCUUGGCGCACGACUUUCUCGACAUCUGUCAGAUUCUCUUCUCCAUCGAGGCGGGUCUAAGUGAAUAUAAUCGCACCGGACAGCGAUUCCCUCCUGAACUGAUCACAGAGCUCUGCAUCAAGUUCCGAGUUACGCAGGCUGACUUCCAGAUGCUCGACCAGAUGCUGGGAAAGGUUCUCGGUCACACCAGUGGCAUGAAGCGCGCAUGGGGUAGGAUGUUUGGUGAUCAGGAUAUCAAGAAGUUGACAUCUGCUCUGAGAAAGACGCGCGAAAGCCUAAGGAUGAGCUCGCUCGUCUUCCAAUGGAGUCUGGGAAGCGACAAGGUCGAGAGAGAGAUGGGUAUUGGAUACACUGGAUUGGCCGCCGCGCUGGAUAGGAUGGAUCAUAACUCUGGCAAUGGCAACAUCAGUCGUAAUGGCAACGGCAAUGGCAACAACAGUGGCAUUGGCAUUGGCAUUGGCAACGGCAAUGGAAAUGGAAAUGGAAAUGGAAACGGAAAUGGCAAUAACAAUGGCAAUGGCAGUGGCCGUGCUGGAAGUGUUAGGAGUGCGGGUCACAACAGCAUCCAACAUCAGAUGCCAGCAGUGAUGCCCUAUGAAGUAGCAGAUGACCAGAAUAGCUUCCAACAGCAGCAACAACUUUACCAGCAGAAUCAGCAGCAGCAUCAACAACAAUUCCAGCAAGCUCCGAGCUGGACCAACAGAUCGUCUUCGAUUCAACACAAAGAUUUACCCGGCAGACCAGGCCCAGGUUAUGGUAAUGAUUCCGGAAUCAGAAUGCCUUCGAGCCCGGUUAUUCUUACGACUUCAACACCUGCAUCAACCAACGAGUGGCAAUAUUCCGCGAUGAACGAUUCGCACGACAGAGGUAGUGUCAACGACGAUGCCCGUUCUCAGAUGACAGGUAUCACCGAGUCUGACACCUUCCACGAAGAUAUCUCUCAUUUGGACAUUGGUCAUGGUAAAGCCGUUCGCCACAAGGUUGAGCCCGCCAACAUGCCGCGCAUUUAUGCUCGCAACUCUACAGAUUCCGACACGUCUAAUCUGAAAGCCCACCUCAUGUCUGCUAUUCGCGGCAAGAAUCACAAAGUUGUCGAGCAGUUGCUCAAUCGUGGUGUCUCGCCAAACACGGGCCCGCACGUGCAUGCAUUGAAAGAGGCCAUCCUUGUCCGUGAUGAAGAGAUUAUACGCCUUUUGCUUGUCUACGGCGCUGAUACCAACGAACUAGACAGAGAUGGCGUCACCCCACUCUUCGCAGCAGUCACUCAAUCCUUCCUCGGAGCGGCAACUAUACUGCUCAAGUACGGCGCCGACCCGAAUCUCGUGGCUGGGCCAGAGUUGGAAUCCCCACUCUCCCAUGCCGUUAUUGCCAAUAUGGUAGGCAUGUCUCAUUUAUUGCUGACCUAUAAUGGCGAUGAAAACACCAUCACGGCUACUGGUAACACGCUUCUCAACAGCGCCAUCAAAAAGAAGACACCCAAGAAGUUCAUUGAUUGCCUCCUCGACUAUGGCGCAGAACCCAAUGCCAAGAGCAGAGAAGGCGUGACCGCUUUGUUCGAGGCAAUUCAAGUUGGUAGGGCAGAUAUCGUAGCCAGUUUGCUAGACCAUGGUGCAGACCCAAACUUGCCUGGUCCAAAGCACAUGCUGUGGCCGUCGACGCACCAAGCGCCUUGCUUGCAGGUCCUGCUUGCUCACGGUGCGGACCCGAAGAGGGCUCCCGGAAUCAUGGAACUUGCUGUCGGCUUCAACAACAUCGAGUCGGUGCGCCUCCUGCUCAAGGCUGGCGUCAGCCCGGAUACGAAGAAGGAUGGCAUCUAUACGCCUCUGUGUACAGCCAUUCGAGACAAUCGAGAGUCCAUCCUCCGUCUUCUCCUUGCCAAUGGAGCUAAUCCGGGGAUCAUGGCGAGCGAGUACCCAAUCUUCAAAUGCAUAACCCACAAGAGACUCCACUUCCUGCCCAUUCUCGUCGAAGCCGGCGCAGACCUCCACAAUCCCAAGGGCAUCGUAGAAACAGCCGUCACCUAUAAGAACCUGGAAGCUUUGAACUGGCUGCUGGACCAAGGUCUGAAUCCCAACGACAAGGGCACCAAGGGUGCGUCUCCGCUGACCUCGGCUAUCCGCGAAGGCCGCUUCGACAUGGUCGACUUGCUGCUGUUGCGAGGAGCCGAUCCUAAUAUGCGGGGACAAGACUGGCCGAUCUGCAUGGCUGUCCGCAAUCCUCUGAUUCUCAAACGCCUUCUCCUAGAAAUCUCCGAACCUCGCGCCUUCAAAGGAGUCAUGGAGAUGGCGGUAUCAGCUAACCAGCUUGAAUCCAUGAAGCUUCUCCUCGCUGCUGGCAUCUCCGUCGAGGACAAGAACGGCGGCGUCUUCUCCCCUCUUACAACCGCUCUUCGAGAGAAUCGUAGGGAUAUUGUUAAGUACCUGCUCACAGACGGUGGUGCGGAUGUUAAUGCGCCUGGAGAGCAUCUACCAAUCGUCAAGGCUCUGCGCCGUUUUCAUGGCGAAGAUACAGAGAUGUUGGAAUUACUUCUCGCCCAUGGCGCAGAUCCCAACAAGAUAUACCGCGGUUGGAAUGGAAUCAUGCAAGCGGUCGAGAAUGGUGACCUGGAUGUUCUGGAGAUCCUGAACAAGAAAGCUGGCUUCGACUUGGAAGUCAAGGACGAAAUGGGAAAGACCGUUGUGGAGAUGGCUGCAUCCAGAGGAUGGGAUGAGGCUGUUCAGAUUUUGAAAGAUGGAGAUAUUCGACUUCGGAAGUAA